UCUUCUCACGAAUUUCAAAGCCAAAGAACGAUAUUUUUACAGAAUUUUGAACACCAAAAGCCAGGAGAAACAUAGGAAAAUUUAAGGCUUAGUAUAAAGAUGCUCGGGAUGAGGAGUUUGUGAGGCGUUUUUUCGUUAUUUGAACCAUAGAAAGCCAAACAUGACGCAGUAUCUGCCCCCAAAUUUGUUGGCACUUUUCGCUCCACGCGAGCCCAUUCGUUAUCUUCCUCCACUGGACAAACUCCCAGAAGAGAAAAGAACUGACGGUUACAGCGGAAUUUCAAGCUAUGUUCAACUCUUUGAGGAUCCUGCAGACACCCCUCCUCCAGCUCGGGGAGAAACAAGAGAAGAGAAGCGUCUUCGGAAGAUUAAGGAGAAAGAGGAGUCGUGCAAACAAAAGAUGGAAAGCGAAGUCGCAGAAUGGGAUGCCCACAGCAAUCCAAGUGCAACGUCAAAUGCCUUCAAGACACUCUUUGUAGCCCGUAUUAACUACGAUACCACAGAGUCUAAGCUGAGGAGAGAGUUUGAAUCGUAUGGUCCAAUCAAAAUGAUUAGCAUUGCCCAUGACAUCAACACCGGCAAACCGAAGGGAUAUGCUUUCAUAGAGUACGCACAUGAAAGAGACAUGCAUUCGGCCUACAAGUACGCAGACGGUAAGAAGAUCGACAAUCGCCGGGUUCUGGUUGAUGUAGAGAGAGCGAGAACAGUCAAGGGAUGGGUACCAAGAAGACUAGGUGGUGGUCUAGGAGGGACCAGACGAGGAGGACCUGAUGUCAACUCGCGUCAUUCAGGAAGAGACGAUCCAUCCGGAAACAGGGAAAGAGAACGGGAGCGUGAAAGGGAGGACGAGGAGAGAGAUCGCCGCGAAAGAGAAGAACCCGACCGUGAUCGCGAAAGAGACCGGGAUCGUGAGAGGCGACGUGAUCGGGACAGAGAUCGAGACCGUGAUCGGCGGGAUAGAGAUCGUGACCGGGAUCGCGAUCGCAGAAGGAGGGGAGAAAAUGAUGAGCGGGAGAGAGAUCCUGACAAAGAGCGUGAUCGCGAGCGAGAUAGAGGACGUCGUGACAGGGAUCGGGACCGUGAUCGCAGCAGGCGAGACAGGGAUCGCGAUCGCGACAGGGACCGUGAUCGCGACCGGGAUCGCGACAGGAGACGGGAUCGUGACCGAGAUCGCGAUGACGCGAGGCGCGAUGAGGGUCGGGAUGAGAGCAGGAAAGAUCAGUUUGAGGAUGGAGAUGGCAGGAAGGGUGAGUAUGAAGACCAACCAGAAGGCUAUAACCAGGAUCAGGAAGAACAAGGUGGAGGUGAUGGAUACACAGAGCAAGAGAACCAGUACGGAGAGGACGAUCGCCAAGAGGUGGAUUUCACCGCCGAGGAUUACCACGCCAAGCUCAAGGAAUACCGUGGGAUGGAAGCCGAAGACGAGAUCCAGAAUGAAGACCAAUCCAACGGUCUCGCGCAGCAAGAACACGACGAUUCUUUUCAAAACACUUUCUAAACUUUUCCAUUUGGUUUCCUGGUCGCCAUUUACCAGUUGUGAUUUUAAGUUUUAAUGAGGAAUGAAGACAAUAUUUUGACUUUUUAAUAAAAAAUAGUAAAAACUUUGUCUGGAGGUAUCUCGGCAUUGAAUUAAAGAUUGAUUUUACCUGAUGAACGUCAUCUAUGAGAUCAGAAUGUCAUGAAAUUAUUUGCGUCAACAAUCGUAUUAGGAAUGACUUUGCAUAUCAUUGAAAAGUACAUAGCGGAUGGUACUUUUUAUUUUUUUAUAGUAACAAAAUGGGUAAGUGUGAUAGAUUGAUUUGAUUUGCAAUUCGCAAAUCCCUAAUUUUGAUGUUAAAAGCAAUAAAUAAUUGGGGGAUAUAUGUUUCUGUCAGCUUUCUAGCACAUGUCAUUCAGAAAUGGGUAAGUGUAAAAUUUAGAUAUCGGCAAAUCACUGAUUUUUAAUCUUUGGGGGCAUAUUUUCAUGUUUUUUCUUGGUUUUAUGAAGUAAUAGUUACAAAAUAGGGAAGUGUAAAAAUAAGAUUAAAUCUGCAAAUCCUUGAUUUUAAGGAUGAUACCAAGAUUGAAGAAGUGGUUGGAUGGGGAGGGGGCUUAUUUUCAUGUUACUAUAAAGCACAUUUGUGACCCUCACUCAAUAAGUCAAUGUUGCUCUACCUGUAGGUUCAGAAGAGGGGGGGGGAGGCAUAGGUAUUGGUGUCUGCAGAAAAGGUAAUAAUGUCUUGUUUUUAAGUCUUUUUAUUCUCAAUGAUACAUUGUGUCAAUCUUUUUGUUCAUCAUGGAUGUGAUCAUGUGAAUUCAUAUUUAUUUAACCCAAAAAGAAUCACUGACUCCUCCGAGUUUGCUGGAUUUUAUACAAUUUAAUAUAAUCUCAUAUUCCUCCAGUUUGUGCUUACGGUAUUUAAGAUUCAUAAUGUUUGAGUUAAUAGAUAUCACAAGCUUUUCUUUAAUAUUGUUUUCUUUUUUUCACUUACAAGCUCAAUUGCACAUUUCUCAACUCUCAUCGGUUAUUUGAAAGUAGAAUCAAAGAUCAGUUGUUCAAUUCUCAACUCUGUGUCGUGUGGAGGCAGAGUCGACUGCACCAGAGUCUGCGCUAUCAAAAUACUUUCCCUUAAUAGUCAAUAGAUCUACAUUACCCUAAUACUCUAAUUGUAUGUGCUAUCAAGCAUACAAAUCAGCUGUACGAUCAAUCGCUGAGCCUCGUGUAGCAGACCUCAGAUUGUUUUUACUUCAUCUAAUUAAGAAAUAAAUGUACACUCUAUGUUACACUACAUGUAAAUCUUCUUGUCAUACAUGUAUCUAAACCACCUACCACCAACAGUGUUUAAAAUGUAGUUUAGACUGUACAAUGUAUGUGACUCCCACAAAAUGAGUAGCUUCAACCCUGUAUGAUGUAUACUUUAUUCAAUCAAAUACUAGCGAUGUGUAAUUGUCAUCUUUCAUGAUAAUGCUAAUCCAAUUUUGACAAUGAAAUGAAGCUAAACCAGACUUGUAAAAAAGGAAGGGGGGGGGUCUAGGUGUCAUUUUUUAAAGAAAAAAAUUGUUUUCUUUUUCGUCAUAUUACUGUAAGUUUUUCUCCACGGUUUGCUAUGUUUUAUUUUUCCUAACAGGCAACACAGUUUGUACAUUGGAUCUAAUAUUUGGUUUGUAUUUGCAUUUCCGGAAUAAAAGUAAACUGUAUGUAUUAUGUA